AUGCUUUGCAACAUCAGUGAAACUGUUCCUCUUCAUCCCGUAGUCUCUAAAAAGACCGGGCAUUUGUUUGAAAAGAGUUUGAUUUUAAAGUAUAUUGAAGAACAUGGAAAAUGUCCAAUCACUGGGCAAGAAUUAUCACCAAAUGAUUUGAUUGAAGUUGUUUCCAAGAAAUCUAGUGAAAAUACAAAGCCAAACUUACCUGCUGUAGCUAGUAUUCCAAGCAUGCUUCAAAUGUUCCAAAAUGAGUGGGAUGCAUUAAUGUUGGAAACAUUCACACUGAAACAACAAUUGGACAAGUCAAGAAAAGAGCUUUCACAUUCACUUUAUCAACAUGACGCUGCUUGUAGAGUAAUUGCUAGAGUAAUGAAGGAGCGUGAUGAUGCUAAAAACACACUAAGAAAACAUCAAAAUACUGAUAUGGAGGACGAGGAAUCUCUUGUCGGAAAAGCUCUCACACAAGACACCAUUGGUAGACUUUCUUCCACGGCAGAGAUUUUGUCAUCGAACAGAAAACAAAGAACCAUCUCUCCAAAUUUGAGAUCUCCAGAGGAAAUGAGCAAAGCCAAUACACAGACACUUUCUGCUGAAUACAAACUUCAUCAAGGAAAAGGCAUUCAAUCUCUUGACGUCUUGAACACACUUGUAUUAAGUGGAGGACGAGAUGGAUCAAUUGCUGUUUUUGACAAGCAAUAUAAUACCUUAAUUGGAGAAUUGAAGAGUACUUCUGGACCAGUAAGCUGUGCCAUUUUCCAUAACACUCCAGAAUUUGCACUCUCAAGCCAUGACCGAGAUGUGAAAAUAUGGUCCCUUAAAGACUCUUCAUGUCUUCACACUCUAGAAAAAUUGCAUUUAGAACGUAUUACGGGAUUAGCUCUGCAUCCUUCUGGACAUUAUUUCCUUACGUCUUCACUUGACCAGACAUGGUCUUUCUGUGAAAUUGAAACUGCAACUUGCCUCGCUAAGAGCGAAAAUGACAAUUCUGGAUACACAUGUGUUCAAUUCCAUCCUGAUGGACUCUUGUUUGGAACUGGCCUUCAAAAUAAUUCGAUCAAGAUUUGGGAUUUAAAGAGCCAACAAUUGGCCACACAACUUGAUGGUCAUUCUGGAGAAAUUACCUCACUCUCCUUCUCUGAAAAUGGCUAUUAUCUUGCUUCAUCCUCAAAAGAUAAGACUGUUCGUAUUUGGGAUUUGAGAAAACUCACUACGUUACAUACUUUAGAGUUUGAUUCACCAGUGACCAGUGCUUGCUUUGAUUUCUCAGGUGUCUAUUUAGGUGUUACCUGUAGUGAUGGAACAAUUGGUGUCUAUCAAUCGAAGGUUUGGACAGAACUCUUAAAGACCUCUGUGAGCACAAGCAAUUUCUCACCUUCAUGUAUUCGUUUCGGUCCUAACGCCAACUUUAUUGCAGUCUCUGGAUUGGGUGACAGCACUUUGCGAUUCAUUGAAUAA